ACGAGACGGAUGUGAGUUAAUCCGAAAAGUUGCCAAAGGAGCUGCGUUGAAGGCGUCGAUUAGGAUUUCAUUCGUUCUGUCAAAUUCGUCUCGUUCUUUUACUGCGAGCCGCGUUUAUAGUUAACGUUAGGAUUUCCGUAAUAUUCGUUUUAGUAAGAUAUUUUACCAACUAGAGGGAAGUUAAUUAAACCUCGUGCUUCAGCUCCCAACCCAAACUUCGGACCUCACGCGCGUGCAUUAAGUGACGAGAUGGAGCUCUCUUUAGUCGCACUGUUCUGUUUUUCCCACCUAGCUCCAGUUUUGGGCUCAGCUUUUGGCAGGGAGAUGCCAGCGUCUACGAUGGAUGACGCUAACGAUUAUGACAGCCCGUUUCAUUAUGACUACGAGUCAGUGCGGAUCGGAGGUUUGGUCUUCGCUGCUGUGCUCUUCUUCCUGGGGAUCUUUGUUAUCAUCAGCCGAAAAUGCCAUUGCAGAGGAAGACAGGCCUCUUAAAGCUAUGGGAAUUUGAUCCAGAAGCAUCGUGAGCAUGUAUUACCACCAGUAGGAGACAGCAGUGGGAUGGCAAAUGCUAAAAUGGAUCCUGUUUUCAUGUGUUCGCAUUUCCGGUUCAAUUAAAUCGUCGUCUUUAUCCAACGCUGCCAUCUCUCCCUCUCAGAUGUCUGAUCCCUAAGUUCUUAGUUGACAAGGUCUCUUAUUGCGUGGUAGCGGGUAGCGGGCAGCUGAUGAGUUCUUGCUUCUUGAUAGUUCAUUCACUUCUUUUUCAUCACAAACCAUGUUUUCUAAGACCCCUUGACAUUUCCUUAGACUUCUUUAGAUGAUAGUUCCGAAGUGUUAAGGUACAUUUCCCUUCACAUUGUAGCAUUUUAUAUAUUUUUGUAAAUGCUUUUAAUUGUUUGCAAGACACUAAUUUGCUGUUGAGAUUAGACAUUGGGUUAAAUGAGUACAUGACUGACAGCUUUUCUAUCCAAUAAAUACGAUUAAAUG